AUGGUGACCGGUAAAUCGCAGCCUGGCCUCGAGCCAGUGCACUUCCCCGCCUCGCCCGAGCCCGUUCCCUCCAAUUCUCCGCCGUCCAGGCGAGAUCUCGCCUCGUGGUGGAGACAGUUCAAACGAAAUACGAGAAAGGAUGAUUUGAAAGCAGAAGCCCCUCGAGGCAUCUUCGGCGUGCCGCUCAACGUCAGCAUCAAAUAUGCGAAUGUGGCCAUUUCUCUUACCAACGAACGUGGUGAGAGCUUCAUCUACGGAUAUGUACCGAUCGUUGUCGCCAAGUGUGGUGUCUUUUUGAAGGAGAAAGCAACUGAUGUCGAGGGUAUCUUCCGACUCAAUGGGUCCGCCAAGCGUAUCAAGGAUCUCCAGGAAAUCUUCGACUCCCCCGAACGUUAUGGAAAGGGCCUGGAUUGGUCCGGAUACACGGUUCACGAUGCUGCCAACGUCCUCCGCCGAUACUUGAACCAGUUGCCCGAACCCAUCGUUCCGCUGGAAUUCUACGAGCGCUUCCGCGAGCCCCUCCGCAUUUAUCAGGAACAGGUACUCCAGGAUAACCAGGUGGUGGACGCGGACAAAUUCGACCAUGCCAAAGCCGUCGACACCUACCAGCGCUUGAUUAUUGAGCUACCUCCGCUGAACAAGCAGCUGCUUCUUUACAUCCUCGAUCUCCUCGCCGUAUUCGCGUCUAAGUCCGACCAGAAUCGUAUGACGUCGGCCAACCUUUCGGCCAUCUUCCAGCCCGGCAUGCUGUCCCACCCCCAACAUGACAUGGCACCGGCAGAGUACAAGCUGAGUCAAGACGUGUUGAUUUUCCUCAUUGAGAACCAAGAUCAUUUCCUGGUCGGCAUGAGCGGCACCUGUGCAGAUGAGCAGCAAGUGAAGGAGGUUGAAGCCGGCAUCCCUUCGCGUCCUACCACGACUCAAUCCAAUGUUCGACGAUCCGUGUCUAGUGCCAGUGCCAGUACGGAAAGCCAACGCAAGCUGGACUCUAUUCGUCGCAAUGUUUCCGUCUCAUCCCGCAAUUCGCGAACCUCGAAUAAUGCACCCAGCCCAGGAACUCCUACCUCCACGGGGGUGGGCGUCCACCGUAGUAACACUCUUCCCUCCAAAAUGGGUCCCGUCGUGGCUGCCCGUUUCGCACGGUCUGGUGAGACUGCUUCAAACAAUCCGUCUGGUCUUUCCGUCUCCCAUCAAAGCUCCCGAUCAGCGAGUCGAACGCCGUCUGUGCGUGAGGAGCCCGAGCAGCGCAACCCAAGCAUAGCUCCGUCUACUUCCACCAUUGGGAGUGCCUAUGUACACACUUCAACCCACGGUCCAAUACCCGUCGCGGCUGCAGAGGCGCUUAACAUCGGUGAUACACCUCGACCUCAGGAGUAUCUGCAUACCCCUGUUUCACAACCACCUCAAACUGUGACUCCGAGUCGGGAACGCAAAAUCUCCACACUCUUUACCAAGUCUCCGCCUCCUGAAAGUGAGCAGAAGGAACCACGUCAACCGAAUCGGUUGAGGAAGAAACGGAUACCGGGCAGUGCAAGCAUCAGUGCGCAGAGCUCAUCAACCUCCCUACAUGCAACACCUUCUGAGCUGUAUGUCGCGGAUCCAUCCUUGGAACCGAGGCGUGGGCGAGAGUCGAUAGAUAUUGCUAUGGGCGAUAUCACUCCCAAACCUCCAACCAGCGCCAACAUGAGUAACCUUGACGCGCCCUCGGAUUCACACGCUAUCGGAGAGGGCACAUCUCAGCUGAAUCAUGACACCUCCCUCAAGCCCCACCAGUCUCGCACACCCUCUAUGAAUUCUCGAUCUUCUUUCACCGACCAUUCCGACUAUGAUCAGGCCGAGGAUACUGCACGUUCUGAGCGCCGCGAUAAUCGACGUAGUUGGCGGUUCCAACGAUCUUCGAAACGAAGCAGUGAGCAGGUCGGGCUCGGCCUCGCGUCUCCGCCCUUGGCGGCUACUUAUAUUGGAGCAGACCAAAGCACGAGCUCGAUAGGUAGUGGGAAACACAGCACUGAUCCUUCCAGUCAGCCUCUCAGCCUGGACGCUGGAAUCCAAAGUGGCUCUUCACAGAGCGCUGAACCGGAGAAGAAGAGUCUGUUUGGCAAGUUCAAAGCCAAAGUGGCUCAGGUUCGAGAUGGCGUCAAGGAUGAACGGGAGCGGGCCAAGAGCCCUAACCAGUCAGACUUUGACACAUAUUCCAGUCAGCCGCUUUCUCCCACUGUGACAAGUCAGACUAACGGCAAACCGACUCUUGAAACGCCAACCGAGCCCCCAAAGGAGGAGCCAGUUCGCUCUCCUGUCUCGCCAUUGCCCGGCGCAGGUAUGCCUCCUUCAAUACCUGAGGAGCCACACAGCCCCGAAGCACCGGUCCAUGUACCUGCUGUCGAGUCAAAGGAGGUGAUGCAAGAAGAACCAACAUCUACCUUGGAGGCAGUGCCCGUUCCCGAAAUCCCCAUGUCUGAGGCACCAAAGCAGGCCGCCGAGAAAGAAGCGUCUGCUUAG